GAAAAAUUGAAGAUUAUACAUCUAAUGUGUCGACGUAUUUGAAUUACAGCGAUGCGAAGUAACAAGUGUGACUUUAUUCAUCUGAGACUGACUGAAAGUCUUCUAUGUUCUCUGGAAAAUAUCAAACAAAACGGCGGUAAGAUCACACUUGCUUGUGAACCGCAGCAAAACCCGAUUGUAGUUACUACUUCGGGAUCAGAUUCCGUUUAUGAACUCGAACCCGACCAUGGUACAGUAUAUUUUUCGCUCGUCAGUGUUAGGAAAUCAGUUGGAAAGUGUCUACAAAAUAUCCAGUAUAGAUACAGAACUAAAGCCACUGAUGACAGCUUUGUUAAAGCACGUGAAAAUCUUGUCAAGGAAGUGGAAAACAGUCGCCAACAAAAAAUCAAAGCGCUUGAAUAUCAGUUGAAAUCUGCCUCGUUAAUUAAAGACGAACGCAAUACAAAGGCUAGAAAAAAUUUGAAAAGAAAUUCACUUUCUGGGCCUCCAUCGAAGAUGCCGAAAAUUUCGGUUGGUAACAAUAAGACAAGAAACUCAGAUAUUCCGUCUAACAUCCCAUCUUCCAAAGAGAAGAGUGUUCAAAGACAUGGGAAUUUACCUAGUACUUCACCUGAAUUAAUAACUAAUUCCCUUGUCAAUAUUAAAGCAAAGGUCUCUGACAAAAGUGAUAAACAAAAAGUGACACAUACUUCAGGAACAGCUGAUGUGAAUGAUGUUGAGAAAGUUAUUUAUAAUAAGUGUUUGUCAGCGGUACAAAGGAGAAAUGUAUUAGAACAACGCCUCCGUGAGGCAUAUACAAAUACCGACGAGUUUGUAAGAGCCGAAGAGAUUGAAAAAAUUAAAAUGGAUCUAUGCGCUCUUGUUGAUGAUCUAUACACCGAUGAAUUGUUGAAAAAAUGGAUACCUAUGUCUAUUGGAUCUGGAUAG